UUUCCUCAACUUUGACCCCAGGUUUCAACACGCUGGAUAUGGCAUCUCACUGAAGCAACGUGGAUACUAAAAAAAUAACGUUUUAUUUCUUUAAUUCUUUGUCGUCAGGGUGUUUGUACCCCAUGUCUCGUACUGUGUGGGUUUAAUAACUCGACGCCUCAACGCGGCUAAAAGAUGGGGAAGGCACCAAAGAAGAGGAGCGUUGCUGACAAGGUCCGCAAAACCAAGACCUCAGCAGAAAUCAAAAACAACCCUUUUGAAGUCAAAAUCAACAGGAAGAAGUUUGACAUCCUUGGGAGAAGGUCAAAGCACGAUGUGGGCCUGCCUGGUGUGUCUCGAUCCAAAGCAAUUAAUAAAAGAAAGGAAACCCUCUUGAAGGAAUACAAACUGAAGAACAAGUCCAACAAGCUGAUUGAUAGACGCUUUGGAGAGUACGACACCAAGAUGGCACCAGAGGAGAAAAUCCUGAAGAGGUUUGCAAUGGAGAGACAGCGUGUCCAUGAUAAGAAGGAUGUGUACAACCUGAACGAGGAGGAAGAGCUGACUCACUACGGACAGUCCCUGGCAGAAAUGGAGAAAUUCAAUGACAUUGUGAACAGCGAUGAUGAAUCAGAGGAGAAGGGUCUUUUGUCAGCUGAGCUGACUGCCUCACACUUUGGAGGAGGAGGAGGCCUCCUCAGAAAGAAGACACCAGGAGAUCAGAAGGAGGAGGAAGGAAGCCAGAGAGCAAAAACCAGACAGGAGCUCAUCGAGGAGCUCAUCCAGAAAUCCAAGCAGGAGAAGCGUGAACGACAGGUGCAGAAAGAGGAGGCGCAGGAGCUGACGGAGAAGCUGGACAAAGAGUGGAAAAGCAUCCAGGCUCUGAUGGUGAAAAAGACACCCAAAGGUGAAAGUGCAGACAAACCAGAGGAGAAGCCAAAGCCAGAGGAGUACGACAUGAUGGUGAGAGAGCUCGGCUUUGAGAUGAAGGCUCAGCCCUCGGAGAAGAUGAAAACUCCUGAGGAGCUCGCCCGGGAGGAGAGGGAGAAGCUGCAGAAACUAGAGGCUGACCGUCUGAGAAGGAUGAUGGGAGAGGAUGUUAGCAGCAGCACUCAGAAUCAGACCCACAUCUCUGCUGAUGACCUGAACGACGGAUUCAUCCUGGAUAAAGAAGAUAAAAAGACUCUGACUUAUCAGGAUGGAAAGUGGAACAUUGGAGAGGAGUCAGAAGAAGAAAAUGGAGAGGAAGAGGAGGGGGAAUCAGGGGAAGAGGAGGAGGAGGAAGAUGAUGAUGAAGAAGAGGAUGCAGAUGAGGAGGGCAGUGGUGAAGAAGAAGAAGAAGAAGAAGAUGGCCAUUCUGACCUGGAAUCUGAGCAAGAAAGUGAGGACGAGGAGGGAAAGAAGGAUGAAGACACUAGCACCAAACCAGCUCUGAGCAAGGAGGAGCUGAAGGCCCAGCAGGAGGCAGCUAAAGCAGAGCUGCCAUACACGUUUACAGCUCCAGAGAGCUACAGCGACCUGAAAGACUUGCUCCAUGGUCACACCCCUGACAACCAGCGCAUCAUUUUGGCCAGGACUCAGAAAUGCAACCAUCCCAGUCUGGCUGUUGGCAAUAAGCUCAAACUGCAGAAACUGUUUGGCUUUCUGUUGGAGUACAUUGGAGAAGUGGCCACCAGGAGUCCACCUGAACUCACCACCAUAGACAAGCUUAUACCAGAGCUGUAUGCUUUGUGUCAGAUGUUUCCGGAUGCAGCCUGUAAGGCCAUGCAGAGCAUCCUGGGAGACGCUGCCCAUAGCAUGGAGGAGAUGCUUGAAGUUAAAGGACAUGCUGGUUCCCCAACGCUAGACAUGCUUGUUUACCUGAAGGUGACAGCCCUGCUGUUUCCCACCUCAGACUUUCGACAUCCUGUAACCACUCCAGCCCUGCUCUACAUCAGCCAGGCUCUCACAAAGUGUCCUGUGAGGUCAUUACAGGAUGUAACUACGGGUUUGGUGCUGUGCUGCCUGGCUGUGGAGUACGUCUCUUUUUCAAAGCGCUUCUUUCCAGAGCUCAUUAACUUCCUGGCAGGAACGCUACACCUGGCUGUACAGGACAAGACGUCUUUAGGUUACACUGUGGUGCCGCCUUUUAGGCCUUCGGGGAAGUCCAGUGAUCUGCUGGUUCUGUCAGAUUCAGAGUCGAACAAGAGCUGGAGCAAGAAGAGCCUUCCAUUAUCUGCAACCCAGUACCUGGAUCUGAAAACAGACUUGGACAGAGAUCACCACAGGCUGACGUGUCUGUCGACUUGCCUUGACCUGGUAAAACGCUGCUGCCUGCUCUACAAAGACCUUCUGUGCUUCAGCCACAUCUUCCAGCCAAUCAGAACGCUGCUGUGUAAACAUCUUUCAGCACAGACAUUACCAGAGCUCCUACAGGGACUUCACGGUGAGAUCCUGGAGAUCAUCAGCAGUGCUCCUGUGACUCACAACCCGCUGGUUUUAGACAAGAAGAAGCCCAUUCCUCUGAAGCUGCUCACACCCAAGAUUGUUGAAGUGUUGGAUUAUGGAAAGAAGCGUGGCAGCACCAGAGAGGAGAGGGAGAAGGAGCGGCUCAAACACAAGUACAAGAAGGAGUUCAAGGGCGCUCUGAGGGAGAUCAGGAAGGACUCACGCUUCCUGGCCAGAGAGAAACUCAACGAGGUCAUGAACAGAGAUGCCGAGAGAAAGAGGAAAGUGAAAGAACUCUUUGGCAGUUUGGCGACACAGGAGGGCGAGUGGAAAGCGCUGAAGAGGAAGAAGAAGAAGAUGUGAAAACCGAAUCUUAGUCCUCAGAUGGACACCUCCCCUCCUGAUCACAACCUUUACAAGGCUGCAAUCAGUGAAACCCAGAACUGUUUUUUUACUCUAUAUUGCAAACAAGGAUUUGUUGAACUUCUCUAUCCCUCAAACCCACUGAUGCUGUUUGAGGAAUAGCUGUCAGGAAUUUUAACCAAGCAGCCAAAUACUCUGAUGUAGGCGUUUGAUGUGAAGAUUGGAUGCUGUUAUUCAAAGUGUCCGUCAACACUGCAGUGAAUAUUUGGUUUCCUUUUCCACCAGAAUCCACCACUAAAGUGUGCUUUAAACAUCAAU